GUACUGUGUCAUGUUUGAAGUGACAAAAAUCCGAAAAGCUUGCGAAAGCAUCAUUGCAGACAAUGUUUCUACCCUACUCGUAAAAGGUGCCCACCUCUGCAUCAGCUGUGAAGAUGCUGCCAUGCGGGGUCACUUAGGUUACAGAUGUAAUGGUCACGGAGUAGAUGGUAAAGCAACCAGGUGGACAUUCGUACCUAACCCGAGAUGUAAUGGUCGCUGGACAAGAGUUGAAACAAGAGACAAGUGCAAGGCCGAAAAACCAGACUUCAUCUUUGUUUAA